CUCUCCUGUUCGGUCCAAGAGCUUGUCGGUUGGUCGGCGCUGUGAAUUCAUCGUGUCUCACCAAAACAAAAGCCUCGUUGUUUUGAUCUCGCGCCAAUAUCCAAACGCGAACUCGGUGCCGGAGCUCGGUGUGCGCAAGAACGUGUCGCCUCUCGCUACAAGAUCGCAUCCGGAGAGAUCUCUCUAAGGAAGAAACAAGGAAAUGGGAGCGUAUCGGUCGCGACCAAUUUUCGAGCCGGAAUCUUCGAGUGGUUCCGGCCGAGGCCUGUCUUUCGGUGCAUCCUCGGUGCAGGGCUGGCGAACUAGCCAAGAAGAUGCCCACAACUGUAUAAUAGAUUUCGAUGACGAUUGCUCGUUCUUUGCGGUCUACGACGGGCAUGGAGGCAGUGAGGUGUCUAAGUACUGCUCGCUGCACUUGCCGAUCUUCGUGAAAACCCUGAGCUCGUAUAAAGCGGGGGAUUUCAAACAAGCGCUCAUCGACGCGUUCCUCAAGUUCGAUCAGACACUCACGGAACCGGGGACGAUCGAAAUUUUGAAACAGUUAGCUCAGUACGAUAGUGCGGAUGAAGGCGACGCGGAAGAAGUGAUAGAAGAAACAGACAAGCUCCACGAAGAAGCGAGGAUGCCGCUCGAAGAAAUUUUGAACAUCUACAAGAAAGCACGGGAAGAAAUGAAGAACAGGAAGAAGGAAGCGAACGGUACGGACGAGAAAGCGGAUGGAGAUUCCAUGGAGGAGGCUGCUGUCGGCGACAACAAUGACGACAGCAGCGAAGCAGUCGCGAAAGUCACUGAUAAAAAAUCGCAAGGGGACCAAAAAGAUAGAACUGAGACGAGCAAACCGAAGGAAGAGAAAAACGGUGUCGCGAAGAAAGACCCCGAGGAACCGAAAGACGUGUCGAAAGCUAUCGCCGCGGGCUCUUCCUCCGAUGAAGUUGCUUCGUCCGCGACCAAAGAUCCUCCCGCUCCCUCAAACGCACCCUUAGGACGCGGCGGCCGCGCGGCUGCUCAGAAAGCGCGACGUAUCAUCACCGACGAGGAGAACAACAAUAAUAACGGCGACGACGAGGAUGACGAAGAAAGCGAGUCUAGCAGCGAGGAGGACAGCGAAGACCCGGAGAACGUUGACGAUGACGACGCCGCAGACUCGUCGGAAGAGGACGAGGAUGACGAAGACGACGACGAAGAAGACGAUGAUGAAAUCGCUAGCAACGAGGAUGUCGAAGUCUUCGACAGCGACGUCCCCGGCAGUGGAUCUGGGAGCACGGCUGUGGUCGCCCUCUUGAAAGGAAACCUUCUGACCGUCGCUAAUGCGGGGGAUUCGCGCGCCAUCAUCUGUCGAAACGGGAAAGCCAUUGACAUGUCGGUCGAUCAUAAGCCCGAGGACGCGGCCGAGCGAAUGCGAAUCGAGCGUGCCGGCGGGAAAAUAACGGCUGACGGGCGGGUUAACCGAGGACUGAACUUGAGUCGUGCCAUCGGCGACCAUGUCUACAAACAGAACCGGAAAUUCUCUCUCGCCGAACAGAUGAUCAGUCCUCUACCCGACGUCCAAUCGAUCGUAAUCGACCGAAAGACGGACGAGUUCUUGAUCUUGGCUUGCGACGGCAUCUGGAACUGCAUGACUUCUCAAGAAGUGUGCGAUUUUGUUUCGGCCUGCUACAAGCAAGGCGACAAACUGACGGACAUCUGCGAGCAGCUGUUUCGACGAUGCAUAGCGCCGGACACUAGCGGCGACGGGACCGGCUGUGACAACAUGACCUGUAUCAUAGUCCGCCUUUCGGAAGAGUCCUGCGGCUCGAAGCGACAAUCAGACGGGAACUCUGAAGAGCAGAAGCAGAAGAAGUCUCGGAGCGAGGACGCCUCGACCGAAGUUAUCGAGGACGGAGGCGGCGGCAGCAGCAGUAAUAAUCAGUGA